AUGCGCACUUCUUUGUUGUCCCUUGCCUCCUUGGCUACUUCUGCCUGGGGCUACGACCAGGUCCUUGGCUUUAACACCAAAGUUGAAACCGAGACUCGAUCGCUCGACGAGAUUCACAAGGCGGCACUCAAAGAGGGAGGCGUUGUCACCCUUUGGCAUGGCGGAGAUUCGGUCAACCGUCAAAGCGGCCUGAAGGCAGCCUUUGAAAAGCGCUUUCCCGGCAUGGAACUCAACGUCACCGUUGAUCUGUCAAAGUACCACGACGCCAGGGUGGACCAACAGCUUGCUACUGGUGGAAAGGCUGUCUACGUCGACAGCGUUAUUCUCCAGACAUUGCAAGACUAUCCCCGCUGGGCUCAACAAGGCGCGUUGCUCAACUACGCGCCCAAGGGCUUCGAUCAAAUCCAAGAUGCGUACAAGGAUACCACAGCUUCUUGGUACGGUGUCUACAUCUUCGGCUGGGGUUUUGGCUGGAACAGCAACAAACUCCCUGGUAUCAAGGCACCCGCCGAGUAUCCCGACUUUCUUCGCCCCGAGUUCAAGAACAAGCUUGUUCUGACGUACCCCAACGACGAUGACGCGGUUCUCUACGCCUACCAACUCAUCAUGCAACAGUACGGUGUUUCUUGGUUCCAGGAUCUUCUCAAGCAGAACCCUCGAUGGGUCCGUGGCACCGCAACACCCUCGGCUAUGGUCAAAGCCAGCAACUACACCCAGGCCGCCUACUUUGCUGCUGGCGCAGGCUUCCAAAAUGCCGAGCCAAUGCACUUCGGACAUCCCAAGAGCGGCAAGUACGUGACUUGGCCACAGACGGCCGGUAUCCUCAAGGACGCGCCUCACCCGGAGGGAGCCAAGCUCCUGCACAAUUUCAUUCUCAGCCCCGAGUAUCAGAAGGCUGUGGGUACUUGGUCCGUUCGUCGCGACAUGCCUAUUCCCGCGGGCUACCCUGACAUUGCCAACGAGACUGCUACCAACCCGGCUGAGUUCCUGCGUUGGAUGUCCGACCGCACCACGGUUGAGAGACUUCGAUUUUGGAUUGAGGCUCAUAUCGGUACUGCUCAGGGUGUUGACCCGAUCUACGAAGCCAUCAACAUGCAGUAA